AUUCAAAAUUUAAACAGAAAUGCGCAAACAGUCUUCAUUGGAUUUGAGCAAUGUUAAAUCGAUUCGCAAACACUAGAGCUUGUAAAUUGUUUUGCUUACCUGUGUAGUCGAGCAAAAUAGAUAUUUUUUUUUUUUCAUUUUUGAAAUAGUAAACGUUGGGUGAUUUCGUGAUCGGUAGUGCGUGUCUCAGUAUUCAGCCGAUGAAUAAAUGUAAUGUUUUAAAUUGUGAGCAUUAGCAGUUGUAGGAGAGCCAUCAUCAAAACAACAGUACACAACAAUGAAACGGAAAGAAGAUCAACAAGCAUUGCAAGAAGCAGAGGCUUAUAUUAGCCUACUGCAAGCAGACGGUGUCAACAAUCCGGUAGACAUCGAUGUAGACAGUUAUACGAUGGAGUUACCCGAGUGGUACGAUGAAAUCCUAUUCAAAAGGGCUCAAGACUUCUUCUCAAAAAAUAUGUUUGCUAUGAUGGCUGGAAAAUUGUGUGGUCUGCUCGCUGUUUUAGCCGUUCCAAGCAUUCUUAAGAUUUUGAUUUGUACCAAAGCAUCGUCGUGUCCGUUUACCGCAUACAAACGUUACCUGGAAACCAUAUUCCACACACUUUGCUGGUAUGAGGAUGAACUAAAACCAGGCUCACGGUCUUGGAAGUCACUGGAAGCGGUGCGCAAAGGACACAUAGUAUCGAGUAAACACACAGAAAAAAAGGAAGCUGGUUUUAUAUCACAACGUGAUAUGGCAUUGACACAAUUCGGCUUCAUGGGCUACAUUGUUUUGAAGCCGGACAAGCUCGGUGUACAAGUGAGCAAUAAGGAUUUAGAGGCGUUUAUACAUUUUUGGCGUGUCAUAGGCCACUUGAUUGGUAUCCAGGAUAAAUACAAUCUAUGCACCGGUUCCUAUCGUACAACAAAAAUUCGCUUAGAACAUGUAUUGGAUGAAAUAUAUCGGCCAUUAUUAGAAGAGACCGGCAACGACUUUAUAGUCAUGGCCAAAGCAUUGAUCGAAGGCCUAUGGUGUUUCAAUCCGCUACUCGAUUGUUAUGCAAUCGUUUAUUUCACCAAAUGGAUGUCGGAUUGCAAAAAUUAUGUGUAUCAUGAAAGCGAUCCACGUGCAGCUGACUUCGAUUUGAAUGAUAGCCGCCGGAUUAUUCAAUCGUUAAAUUGGUACUCACGAUUGAUACUUUACAUCGAAGUCACAGCACACACGUAUCUGGUCAAUUUCUUCGUAUUCCGUUGGUACUUCAACAAUCAAGUGUGGAUAUCACAGUAUAUCAUUUAUUGGUUUCCAUUCUUGGCCUUCUACAAGUUUGGCAUUAAAAAAUCCUACAUACGUAUACUUAAGGGAAUGAAAGAAGGCAAAGGAAAUUAGAUGAUGCUGCACAGUUGAAAUUAUUCCGGGCCAUGUCCAGUAAAUUCGAUCAAUUCAUUGUUUUAUCAACAAAUCUGAAAAAUUUUAUCAAAAAUUCAACUAUUUUGACAGUUGAACCAUGAAUUUUGUGUUCCUGAUAGUACCUGACACUAUCUGGAAUAAUUUCAACUGUGCAGUAUGACCAUGGUCAGUAGUUAUAUAUUACACUCAUAUAAUGACACCUCUGUCUGUAACCGAUAUCAAACCGGAUGGGUAUACAUUAUACCUAUAUUCAGGUAUAUAAUUGAGUCGUACAUGGCACGACACGUUACAUUUGUCAUAUUCUCAUUGGAUAAUUAAAUUGUAAGCACAACUAAACGCCCUUUGACGGACAACUACACUACUUUACUGAGAAAAUCGUUCAAAAAUGAGACAAAAAAAAAUCUUCAACUUCAUUAUAGUUUUCUGCGAAAGCAAAAACAAAUUUCUCUAUAAAAAGAUUUUUUAUGCAAGGUAAAUCGUUGGCAAUUGCGCAUUGAAAAUUGUAUCACGUAUAGAUUGUAAUCACGUAAUUCCACUUUAAUUUGUUCAACGUUGCACUUGUCGCAAAAUAGCAUCAGCUAUAGUAGAGUGGCUAUAGCCAGUUGCGUUAAUGGCAGUGCUAUGCACAUCAUUAACGAAGAGAUCGAUCGGUGAGAGUCACCAUAUGAGUGUAAUAUGCAAACAGCAAAUAAAGUAGAAGUACAUUGGAUAGUAAAACCAGUCAGCUACUGGUCAUUUUCUGAUUUUGAGCUCGUGAUAUUAUGCUCCUAAAAUUUAUCCACCUGAUUGUUUUAUAUGAUUAGACAAAAUCGAAUUGAAACAGAUGAAACAGAAAAUUAUUUAUUUUAAAUGGAAUAAAGAAACAGUUUUUUUUUUCAUAAA